AUGGGAAUUAAAAACUUUUUGCCUAAAAGUCUCCCUCUCUUUCUGAUCCUCACACUUCACUCAUUUGUGGAUGCCACCUCCACAAAUGAAAUUUGUGAUAUAACUUCGUUCCCUAGUUUUUGCAAAUAUUUUCUUCCUCAAAAUAAGUCCACAAACACAUAUGACUCAGGAAAGUUGUCCAUCCACCAAUCCUUUUUAGCAAGUACACAUUUUCUCAAUUCAAUCAAUAGUUACUUAAACUCCAAAAAUGCAUCUUAUUAUGAUCAAAGUACCAUCUUUGUCCUCCAAGAUUGUCAAGUACUCCUUGGCCUAAAUAAGGAUUUCUUAUCCAAUGUCAAAGGUACUACUAGUCAAACCGGAAAUACCCUUGGAGGUUCACAAUUUGAUGAUGUAACAACUUUACUUAGUGCAUCCAUAACCAAUCAACAAACUUGUUUGGACAGUCUUCAAAUCACUCCUUCAGCUUCAAACAUAAAAAAUGACAUUUUCCCUACACUUACUAAUGGUAGCAUGAUGUAUAGUGUGUCUCUCGCGCUAUUUAAAAACGGUUGGAAGGAGCAAAGUUGGAAGGAGAAAAUGAUUUUCCAGGGACGAAAACUCUUGCAAAUUAGUGGAAGUACUGCGGUCAACGUGACACGAAUGGUUGUGGUAAAUCAAGAUGGAUCUGGGAAUUACACAACUAUAAAUGAUGCCAUUGCAGAUGCACCAAAUAAUACAAAAGCAGGCAACGGUUAUUACAUGAUAUAUGUGGUUGAAGGUGUUUACCAAGAGUAUGUUUCCAUUGCUAGCAACAAGAAGUAUUUGAUGAUUGUUGGUGAUGGCAUUAAUAAGACCAUUAUCACUGGUAAUCGCAGCGUAGUUGAUGGAUGGACAACCUUUAAUUCUGCCACGUUCGCUGUGGUUGCGCAAGGAUUUCUGGGAGUGAAUAUUACCGUUCAGAACACAGCUGGAGCAAUAAAACACCAAGCAGUGGCGGUUCGUAAUGGUGCUGAUCUAUCAACAUUUUACAAUUGUAGUUUUGAAGGGUAUCAAGACACUUUAUACACACAUUCACUGAGACAAUUCUACAGGGAAUGUGACAUAUAUGGAACUGUCGAUUUCAUAUUUGGAAAUGCUGCAGUAGUUUUCCAAAACUGUAACAUAUAUCCUCGACUUCCAAUGCAAGGCCAGUUUAAUGCAAUAACUGCACAGGGAAGGACUGAUGUAAACCAGAAUACUGGCACAUCCAUUCAUAAUUGCACCAUAAAAGCUGCGGAUGAUCUAGCCUCAAGCAACGGCACUACAAAGACAUAUUUAGGUAGGCCAUGGAAGGAGUAUUCUAGAACAGUUUAUAUGCAAUCCUUCAUGGAUAGCUUGAUAAAUCCUGCUGGUUGGGCAGCUUGGUCCGGCGAUUUUGCACUAAGUACAUUAUAUUAUGCUGAAUAUAACAACACAGGCCCUGGAUCUAACACGAGCAAUAGGGUAACUUGGCCAGGUUAUCAUGUGAUUGAUAGCACAAAUGCUAGCAUCUUUACGGUUUCCAAUUUUAUAGUAGGGGAUUUUUGGCUGCCUGACACAAAAGUCCCUUAUACUGGUGAUUUACUUUAAGCAAAA